AUGUUCUCCUCCACCAGGCCCCUCCAGCCCCGCCUAGCCGUACGAUGGGCGUCCACGGCCGCCCGUCCAGACCUCCUCUCACUCCUACCCAAAAAACGGACCUUCAACAAGAUUCUUUUCGACAACAACAGCUCGCUUUCCUACAAGAAGAUGAUGCCCAUCCUCCAGACAGUUUAUUCCAACUUGGCGACCCCAGAAAACAUCACACUUCCCAAGAACGUCCAGCCAAGUGACUUGAUGACUUUCAAGAACGUUCUAGCAACCAUCCGCAAGACCACCAACACCAUCAACAACCACCUUGUGGCACUCGAGAACGAACUCACAGAACAGGCAGCAGAGCUUGGCGACAACGACGCUAUCGCCAUUCUCGCGUUCGAGACUGUGGAGAAGAAGCUCCGUGGUGACCCCACAGUCUCCAAGGAAGACUUCCAGUACGCCAACGAGCUCAUCAAGAAACUCACCGAUUUGCAACACCCGUUGGUGUUCAAAAUGGCAGGCGAUUUGGCGUUCAAAAGAGGAUACUACAACCAGGCUGAGCCCUACUGGGUCCAGUUCACCCAGCUUGAGCCUGACACUGUGGCAGCCAGCCAGGUGUACUCCAACCUUGGGCUCUACCACUUCAGCUAUGCCCAAACUCCCGACCUUGGCCUUGCCAGAACCUACUUCGAGAAGAGUAUAAGAGUGGGCGAGUUGGACGAGUUCACCAUCAAAGCCCACUACUACUUGGGCCAGCUCUACGUGGACACCAACCCUUUGUCGUCGCGGUACCACUUCGAGAUCAGUGCCAGUAGGGGGCUCAAGGAGAGUUUCUCGUCGUUGGGGUUCCUCGAGAUGAAUGUGUUCCAAAACUACCACACCAGCAUCGAGUGGUUCAAGUUGGGGGUGGAGUCGUCCAACGAUAUCGCCUGUAUGAUUGGCCAGUUCGACUGCUACUUGAAAAUGAAAGACUACAAGUCGGCAUACGCCAUCUUGACCCAGAUCAAAGACGUGCAAGAGAAAAUUGCCAAGGUAAGGAGAGAAAGACGUAAGGUGCCCAAGGAGAUCGAGGAAUCCAUGGCGGUGACUGAGGGAUUGUUGCGAGUGUUCUUUGAGACCAGAACCGGCGAGCUCGCCCAGUUGGCCACCAUGAUCGCAUAG